AUGUUUAGACAGAUUAUAGAUUCGACGAUUUUGGGUUUAUUUAUUACAAAAGCCUAUGCGUCAGAUUAUUUUGUUACUUUAAGUACAAAUGAUACUAAUUUGGCUUUAGAAAGUGGUGCCUUAGAUGCAAAUUCUUUAGUGGUACACAUUGAUAAGACUUCGAUGACACCUGAAAUAUUGGAACAGCUUGCUAGUGUUCCAAAUAUUGUCUUUGCUGAUUUACCAGGGUUGCCACAAUUUGUUAAUCUAAAAGAAUAUGCUACUGGUGAAAGUGAAGUAGAUAAAUUAAUUAGAGAUAUUAUAAAGCAGGAACAAAUAGAUUUAUCUAAGAUUAAGGAAGAUGAAAGAUAUUUGGAAAUUGAAAACAUUGUUAGUGAAAUCUUAGCCGAUUCUGCAGAGAAUUAUUCUGAUGAAUUUGCUUAUGUAUAUGGAAAAUAUAAAAAUGAUACAGAUAAUUGUGAAGAUGAAAGGAUAAGUUUUGCUGGGGAACACCUCUCAAAAGUUCCUGAAACCACUGUAUCUAAUUUAGAUGUAUCUACCACAACCGUCGCCGUAAAGUCAGUAUCACCAGUUACUUCUGUUCCAAAAGUAGAACAUAUUACUGGAUCAAAAUCAGAAGAAAUUGUUCCAGUAACUAAUAAUGACUUAUCUCAAGUUGCAACUUCAGUCUCCUCUUUAGGUGUUAUUUCUUCUUUGGAAACAGUAUUAGGUGAUGUCAGCACUAGUGAAUUAAAACCUCUAACUGAAACUUCAAGCUUAAACGUAUUGGAAACAGAUUUAAUCACCGCCACUUCAUUACAGCCAUUACAAACAACUGUUGUAAAGGAGGAUGCUCCAGUAGCUACUUCUGUAAUUUUAACUUCUGUCGUCAACGAAGAAGUGCCAAGUGUCACAACUUCGACAACAAUCGUGCCAAUUGAACAAGAUAUUAGUUCUAUAAGUGAAAUUGUAAAAUCAUUUGAUAAAUCACAAACAUUAAAAGAUGUAAUUAGUACCAAAGUUUCAGAGCCAGUUGAAAAACAUAUCCCAACCCCAGAACUUCCAAAACCUAUUAGAAAUGGUACUUCUAAUUGUACCGACGGUGGUUAUGAUGAUGACAACUAUAAUGACGAUGAUGAUGAUGACUACGAUGACAAUGAUAAUAAUGAAAAAGAAGGAUGUGAUGGUGGAUAUGAUAAUUCAUCUAAUUAUUUUAUGGUCCCAAGCACAAUGUUCAUUGGAUUCUUGGUUACAUUAUUGUUAUUCUUGCAUCCUUAA